CGAUUACAACUCACGAAUUUGAUGAUUACAAUCGACAGAAAUUUUUUUUUUUUGUUCUUCAUUGUCAAAUUUUGGGAUAAUAUUGUGAAAAAUAAAAAAUGUCAAGACAACAUCAUUGUGAUCAUAAUUGUAAUGGACAUAAUUCAUUGGAUGAUGCCGAUAAUCUUGGUAUCCUAUAUAGUUUGUAUUCGAAAAUUGAUCUUUCAAAAUUAGAAUGUCUCAACGAAACUGUUGAAGGUUCGGGUAAACUUGUUUUCAAACCAUGGGAAGAACGAUUGAAUAUGGAAAAUUUUGUCGAAAGUGAUUGUGAUGAAGAAUUAUUAUUUAAAAUUCCCUUCACUGGUAAUAUCAAACUGAAAGGAAUCAUUAUAAUUGGCGGUGAAGAUGAAUCUCAUCCAUCACGUUUACGUAUCUAUAAGAAUCGUCCUGAUAUGAGUUUCGAUGAUGUAAGCGCUGAAGCUGAUCAAGAAUUUGAAAUUAUGCAAGAUCAAACCGGUACAUUGGAAUAUCCAUUGAAAAUUGUUAAAUUUUCCAAUGUAUUUCAUUUGACUAUUCAUAUACCGAAAAAUUAUGGUGCUGACACCACUAAAGUUUAUUACAUUGGUCUACGUGGUGAAUUUUCACCAGCAAAUCGUGAUGCCAUAUUGAUUGCCAAUUAUGAAUUGGCACCAAAUCCAGCCGAUUGCAAAAAUGGCAUUGAAGAAACAAUGUUUCAUCAGGUUCACUAGGAGAAAAUGUUUUAUUUUUUUUCCAUAUGAAUGCAUAUGUGGAUGGCAAUAAUAAAACUAUAUGUAUCUGAAUUUA